UUAGGAUUGCUGCUCUUCUCUGAAGGCGCGGUUCCGUUCGCACGGCCAAUUUUCAAUAUUAAAAUACGCACAAUAUUAAAACAAAAUCGAUUUAUUAUUUCGAAAGGUGAUAAUCGAUUCGGCGAUGGUCGUUAAAGGAGUUGAAGAGAGUUAAGUGCAGUCAGUCCUGGAGCCUCUCCUCCCUGCCCUUCCAGACUUUCCCCCCCCUUGAACUGGCUGUUAUUCACCUCCGGCUUUGGACAUAAAUAACACACUCACGCCUGAAAAUAAACAAACAACAAGGUUAAACACCUCGCCACGACCCCCAGUGAGCAGGAUGAUCACCUCGGAGCUCUCUGUCCUACAGGACUCGUCCAAUGAAUCCGGGGCGACAGACGCAGUGGGACUCAGUAUGAGCAUGAGUGAGAUGGAGGAUCCAGAGGCAAAAGGCAAGAAGAAGAGAGGGCGGCCUGGGAAACAAGCCCCGACAUCAAAUAAGAAGCCCAGGAAGUCCCCAACGGACAAGACUAUGGGCAUGGCCAGAGGGCGGGGGAAAGCCAAUGGUGUGGCUCAACACAACGGAGACGGCGGAGACCCCGUCACGCUGUUUGAAGUGGUUAAACUAGGAAAGAGUGCCAUGCAGUCGGUGGUGGACGAGUGGAUCGAGUCCUAUAAACAGGACAGAGACCUGGCCUUGCUCGACCUCAUCAAUUUUUUCAUCCAGUGCUCAGGCUGCAAAGGUACCGUGAGGAUCGAGAUGUUCAGGAACAUGCAGAACGCAGAGAUCAUCCGUAAGAUGACUGAAGAGUUUGAUGAGGACAGCGGGGAUUACCCUCUCACCAUGCCAGGGCCAAUGUGGAAGAAAUUUCGCUACAAUUUCUGCGAGUUCAUCUCCGUUUUGAUCCGACAGUGUCAGUACAGCAUCAUCUAUGACGAGUACAUGAUGGACACGGUGAUUUCGCUCCUCACGGGACUUUCUGACUCCCAAGUCCGAGCGUUCAGACACACCUCCACAUUAGCAGCGAUGAAGCUCAUGACGGCGCUGGUGAAUGUAGCGCUGAACCUGAGCAUUCACCAGGACAACACUCAGAGACAGUAUGAGGCAGAGAGGAACAAGAUCGCCGGCAAACGGGCCAACGAGAAGCUGGAACUGCUGCUACAGAAGAGGAAGGAGCUGCAAGAAAACCAAGAUGAAAUUGAGAACAUGAUGAACUCCAUAUUCAAGGGUAUAUUUGUGCAUCGCUACAGGGAUGCGAUUGCAGAGAUCAGAGCGAUCUGCAUCGAGGAGAUCGGAGUCUGGAUGAAGAUGUACAGUGAUGCUUUCCUUAAUGACAGUUACCUGAAAUAUGUGGGUUGGACGCUACAUGACAGGCAAGGAGAGGUGCGCCUGAAGUGCCUGAAGGCUCUGCAGAACCUUUACACAAACCGAGAACUGUUCCCCAAGCUUGAGCUUUUCACAAACCGCUUCAAGGACCGUAUAGUAUCGAUGACACUGGAUAAAGAGUAUGAUGUUGCUGUGGAGGCGAUCCGACUGGUCACACUUAUCUUGCAGGGAAGUGAAGAUGCUUUGUCAAAUGAGGACUGCGAGAAUGUGUAUCACCUGGUUUACUCUGCACACCGACCUGUAGCUGUUGCUGCAGGGGAGUUCCUGCACAGGAAGUUAUUCAGUCGUCAUGAUCCACAGGCAGAAGAAGCUCUGGCAAAGCGCAGAGGGAGGAGCAGUCCCAACGGAAACCUCAUCCGCAUGUUGGUGCUCUUUUUCUUGGAGAGUGAGCUCCAUGAACAUGCAGCCUACCUGGUGGACUCACUGUGGGAAAGCUCUCAGGAGCUGCUGAAAGACUGGGAGUGUAUGACUGAACUGCUGCUAGAGGAGCCUGUGCAGGGAGAGGAGGUGUUAUCAGACAGACAGGAGAGUGCGCUGAUAGAGCUGACAGUUUGCACCAUCCGUCAGGCAGCAGAGGCACACCCACCUGUCGGCAGAGGCACCGGCAAAAGGGUGCUGACAGCAAAGGAGAGGAAGACCCAGAUAGAUGAUAAGACCAAACUGACCGAGCACUUCAUCAUGGCUCUGCCGAUGCUGCUGUCGAAGUAUCAGGCGGAUUCGGAGAAAGUGGCCAAUCUGUUGCAGAUCCCUCAGUUCUUCGACCUGGAUGUGUACAGCGCCGGGCGCAUGGAGAAGCACCUUGACGCCUUACUGAAGCAGAUCCGUCUGGUGGUGGAGAAGCACAUUGAGACGGACGUUCUGGAGGCCUGCAGUAAGACCUACAGCAUCCUCUGCUCGGAGGAGUACACCAUCAUGAACCGUGUGGACAUCGCACGCUCGCAGCUCAUCGAUGAGAUGACCGACCGCUUUGCACACUCAGUGGAGGAGCUGCUGCAGGAGGCAGAAGAGGCUGAUGAUGACGACAUCUACAACGUUUUAUCUACUCUUAAAAGACUCACAGCCUUUCACAAUGCCCACGACCUGACGCGAUGGGAUUUGUUUGGUAACUGCUACCGCCUGCUGAAAGCGGGCAUUGAGCAGGGCUCCAUGCCGGAGCAGAUAGCGGUCCAGGCCCUGCAGUGCUCCCACUACUCCAUCCUCUGGCAGCUGGUGAAGAUCACAGAGGGGGCUCCCACCAAGGACGACCUGGUGGCUCUCAGGAGAGUAGUCAAGUCUUUCCUGGCUGUGUGCCAGCAGUGCCUGUCCAACGUCAACACACCGGUCAAAGAACAGGCGUUCAUGCUCCUCUGUGACCUGCUGAUGAUCUUCAGUCAUCAGCUGGUCUCUGGCGGCAGAGAGGGCCUCCAGCCACUGGUCUUCAACCCAGACAGCACUCUGCAGAACGAGCUGCUCAACUUCGUCCUAGACCACGUCUUCAUCGACCAGGACGAUGAGAGCCAGAGCAUGGAGGGAGAUGAGGAGGAUGAAGCCAAUAAAAUCGAAGCUCUCCAUAAGAGGAGAAACCUGCUCGCAGCUUUCUGCAAACUCAUCAUCUAUGACAUCGUGGACAUGCCCGCUGCUGCUGACAUCUUCAAGCACUACAUGAAGUAUUACAAUGACUACGGUGACAUCAUCAAGGAGACUCUGAGUAAAACCAGACAGACGGACAAGAUUCUGUGUGCCAAGACACUCAUCCUCAGUCUGCAACAGUUGUUCAAUGAGCUGCUGCAGGAUCAGGGUCCUAACCUGGACCGAACGUCGUCCCACGUCAGCGGCAUCAAAGAGCUGGCACGACGCUUCGCCCUCACCUUCGGCCUCGAUCAGAUCAAGACCAGAGAGGCCGUGGCCACGCUGCACAAGGAUGGAAUAGAGUUUGCUUUUAAGUACCAGAAUCCUCGAGGACCAGAGUUUCCUCCUAUUAACCUGGCGUUCCUGGAGGUCCUGAGUGAAUUCUCCUCCAAACUAAUCCGCCAAGACAAAAAGACGGUCCACUCGUACCUGGAGAAGUUCAUGUCGGAGUCCAUGUCGGAGCGCCGCGAGGACGUGUGGCUGCCGCUGAUCUCCUACAGGAACAGUCUGCUGACGGGCGGAGACGAGGACCACAUGUCCGUCACGUCAGGAUCCAGCAGCAAAACUGGCUCGGUGCGUAGCAAGAAGGGACGACCGCCGCUACACAAGAAACGCAUCGAAGAGAGCAGUGUGGAGGGGUCGUGGAUGAUGCGUAACGACACGCUGCCAACACCGGGGGCGCUGCAGACCCCUCAGCUCACCUCCACAGUCCUCAGAGAGAACAGACCAGCAGAACACAUGCCAGACCCCGACUCAGAGCCCGGAUCAGAAAACGACUUUGUACACAAUCCUCAGAUGCAGAUGUCGUGGCUCGGUCAGCAGAAGAUGGAGGAGGUGAACAGGAAGGAUCGGACGGGGAUGAACUACAUCAAGUCACGCAGCAAUCAGGGCGUGCGGCAGACUGUGCGUGGGCUGAUGGAGGAUGACGCGGAGCCCAUCUUCGAGGACGUGAUGAUGUCCUCGCGGGGUCAACUGGAGGACAUGAACGAAGAGUUUGAAGACACUAUGGUCAUCGACCUGCCUCCAUCAAGGAACAGACGUGAAAGAGCAGAAUUAAGACCAGACUUCUUUGACUCUGCAGCAAUGAUUGAGGAUGAGUCAGGAUUCAGCAUGCCCAUGUUCUGAUCUGGGACGACAGGAACAUACAGACAUCAGGAUCCAAAUCAGGACUGAACAGAAGGGGAGGGGUUUGGGGGAGCUCGACCCAGACACCUGCCAAUCAAACUGUUACAAAGAAGAAAAAACUUUGUGGAAAUACUUUUUUCUUUCUGUAAGACGUGAUGGAAGUACGCUUGUCAAGUGGAUCUACGGACGGAUCCGACGUCGGCUGGUUCUCACCUGGAAACGUGAAGGUCCGCCGUGCCCCGUCAGGCGGACCGGACCGGACCCUCCAGAUCCUUCCUGUUUCAGAGCUGCGUUGUGCUCCUGCUCUUCCUUCUCAGCCUGUUGGUUUAGCUCUUGUUAGCGGUAGCUCUGACGGCGCUCCGGCUCAGUAACCCCCGCCGCCGGCCCACGAGUACCGGCGGUUUUUAAGGCUCCUUGUUAACACACAUGUACAGUCGUUCGGUUUUUCGCUCCCUCUCGGUCGCACAGAGCGUUGUCAGUCUCUGUACAGCCCCCCAGUCUUUUGGUGUUGCACUUCUUCGAUCCGUCUGGUCCAACAUAGAGAGGAUCAAUACUAAAUGUUCUAUAUCUUUGCUCUUAUUCCCACCUAUCCCCCCCUCCCCUCCCCUCCCCUCCCCUCCCCCCCUCCUCCUCUCUCUGUUCGCCAUCUCUGAGUCCUUGUAUGUGGUGGUGCUGGUGUGUGAUGUGUGUGUCGUGUUGGUGGUGGUGGUGGUGAUGGUGGAGCGGUCACACAUGCACACAGAGCUGUGGACAACAGCCCCACCCUCGGAGAUCUCAGAAGAGUUCUGCACACCCCCUCCAAUAACGGUUUUUUGAAGUAAAAAAAGUUUUAAAAAAAAAAAGACAAUAAACAUAUUUUGAAAUCUGUAGCUUUAGUACUAAAGUUUUAAAUCAAGUGUGUUUUUGUUUUUGUCUGAUGUUUGUACAGGUUUUUUCUUGAAUAUGUAUCUCGUUCGUUGCCAAACUGUGGCCUACAUACUUAUAUUCCAGCCCUUCCCCGUUCCUGUAUCUCAUAUUUAACGGUUACCAGGUUCAGAUUGUUGCUGUGAGACACCAGCUUCUUAAGCGCUGUAUGGUCUGAUUGUAAUCGUUUCACAGAUUAAGAAUCAUUUCACAGAGUCUGUCGGGUUCAGUCGCCCACUGUGGGUUUUGCUCAUUUCACACUUUAAAAAAAAAAAAAAAAAAAAAAAGCCUUUUUACACCUGCAAACAGUGUUAAUCGAUCCAAGAUGUUCAUAUCCAGUGCAGUGAUGGAUCUAAAUGGCUUCGUUGUCUGAUGGAUUUGUUUGAAUGUGUUCAUAUCAUUAGUCAUUGUUUAAUCCUGGGUCGUUCCCAUCAGGCUGCGUGGCGCUCCCCCUGUAAAUACCAGAGACAAUUGGAUCUUUUCUGCAGUGCAGUUGACAUCAGUUGCCCUAAAAUGCUCUAAAAGCCUGUUUUUUUUUUUGUUUUUUUUUCUGUGAACCUAAAUUCUUUUUCAAAAAAAUUUAAAUAAAAUCUGUAAUCAAUUUA